GGGUGGAGAAAAAAAAAAAAGGGAAAGCCUAAAAGGUGAAACAUAAACAAGAAAAAGAUCCUCAUUUUUUGUUGUCCUUUUUGUAUAUUCAUUCAAUUCAAUCAUCGAAUCCUUUUCUCUCUCCCUCUCUCUUCAUUACCUUUCGUUGCUUUCUUUUUCUAAAAGAUCCUUCCCUUUUCAUCUAUUUUCACUUUAACCCCUUUGAUUUUUUAUGUUAUCGGUUCUUCCUACAUUGAUUGCUUUUUUAUAUUUAUUGAUCAAUGGGAUCAACGGGGAUAGAUGAUUUUACUUAUCAAUUAGGGCUCCGAUUAAUUUUGGGUAUUUAAAGAUUGCCCCCUCGGGGUUUGUAUUUUAUUCAAUGAUGUAGCUGAAUUACAGUGUUGUUGUUGGAUAAUUUUUAGGAUUUUAAUUGAAAAUUGUAUUGUGGGUGGUUCUGAUUUUUGUUUUUUAUGGAUUCUUGAAGUUUAUUUUGAGCAAAAAAAAAAAAGUAAAGUAGUGUUCUUUGGUAUUUUUGGUAAUUUACUUGGGAUCAAUUAUUUGCUUGAAAAUUUGGUCCUUUUUUGUGUUUUCUAAAUUUAGUGAGGUUCAAACAGAGUAAAAGUUGAUCAUUGGUGUAAAAAGUAUUGUUCUUGGUAAUUUUGAAGAGGCUGAUUGAAUUAAAUCAACAUGGAUCAUGUUGUGGGUGGGAAGUUUAAGCUGGGAAGGAAGAUUGGUAGUGGCUCUUUUGGUGAGCUUUAUUUAGGUGUGAAUGUACAGAAUGGAGAGGAAGUUGCCAUUAAGCUGGAACCUGUCAAGACGAGACACCCUCAACUGCACUAUGAAUCGAAAAUUUAUAUUCUACUUCAAGGAGGAACUGGGAUUCCUAACCUCAAAUGGUUUGGAGUAGAGGGCGAGUACAAUAUAAUGGUCAUUGACCUUCUUGGACCAAGUUUGGAAGACCUGUUCAACUAUUGCAACAGGAAGUUUACUUUAAAAACAGUACUAAUGCUAGCAGAUCAACUCAUUAAUAGAGUUGAAUACAUGCACUCCAGAGGAUUUCUUCACCGUGACAUAAAGCCGGACAACUUUUUAAUGGGUUUAGGUCGCAAGGCAAAUCAGGUUUAUGCAAUUGACUUUGGGCUUGCCAAAAAGUAUAGGGAUCUCCAGACUCACAAGCAUAUACCAUACAGGGAAAACAAGAAUCUGACAGGAACUGCUCGGUAUGCGAGUGUCAACACUCAUCUUGGUGUUGAGCAAAGCAGAAGAGAUGAUUUGGAAUCUCUUGGUUAUGUGCUUAUGUAUUUUCUUAGAGGAAGCCUUCCGUGGCAGGGACUUAAAGCUGGUACUAAGAAGCAGAAAUACGAUAAAAUCAGUGAGAAAAAGAUGUUAACACCAAUAGAGUUGCUGUGCAAAUCUUAUCCAUCUGAGUUCGUAUCAUACUUCCACUACUGCCGAUCAUUAAGAUUUGAAGAUAAACCUGACUAUUCAUAUUUGAAGAGGCUUUUCAGAGACUUGUUUAUUCGUGAAGGUUAUCAAUUCGACUAUGUAUUUGAUUGGACAAUUUUGAAGUAUCCUCAGAUUGGUGCCAGUUCUAGAGGACGAAAUCCUAGUGGGAAUGCCGGACUAAAUGCUGGACCAUCUGCAGAAAGGCCGGGACGGGCGUCAGCGGGGCAAGAUAUUCGGGACAGAUUUUCUGGUGCUGUUGAAUCAUUUUCCAGAAGGAAUACUUUGGCAGCUGGUAGGCAUGGGGAACACUCCAGACAUAGGACUUCAGAGGAUAUACCUUCUUCCAAAGAUGUGCAAGCUGAUUCAGAAAGAGGCCGCACGUCGAGAAAUGGAAGCUCUUCUAGAAGGGCUGCCAUUUCAAGCAGUAGACCGACCUCUACUGGUGAACCCACAGAUAGUCGCUCAAGCAGAUUAGUGUCGAGCACUGGUCGUCUAUCUACCACACAAAGAAUUCAGCAGGGAAUAGAAACAAGACCAUCAUCAUUCUCCCGAACUUCAGUCACAAAGGGAAACCAUGAUAAUAACCCUCUCCGGAGCUUUGAAUUUCUUUCGAUCAGAAAGUAAGAGAAGACACGUGUAAAAAGAGAAUGAACAUUCAAUCCCUUUUUACGGAGGAUGUCUCGAAGGUGCUGUACAUUGGUAAUGUUGUGACAACUUCGCAUAUGCCUUGUUUUUGUUUCUAAUUAGAGUUGCUGGCCACCAUAGCGCAUUUAGACUCAUCCAAAAAGGUGUUAGAGUAAAGUGCAAGAGUUUUAUAUAUAUAUAUAUAUAUAUAUAUAUAUAUAUAUAUGUAUGGAACGAAUAGCUUAAAUAAAUACUGUUGUACGAAUUGAUGCAACUUUCAUCUUAUUGCCUACUGGAAUGCCUAGUGAAAGGAGGAACUCUUUUUAAUGGUAUAUU